AUGUCAGACAUGAUCUCGCAACUGCCAAACGAGAUUCUACGAAUCAUUAUGGAAAAUGUUGGGUACUCCCCCAAUUCUUACCCUUUUGUUAAUGCAUCGUCACCGGAACGAGUCACCUCGAUCAGAGACCUUAAAUCAGCGACUGAAGUCUCGAAAAGAAUCCGGAGCGUUUGUCUACCAAUCUUUUGGCAGUCCGUCGAGAUUAGACCCAAAGAAAUCUCACACUAUACAGGCCUCCACGGCUUACCACUACUCAAUUUGUCCCCGGUAUCUUCCAAAUACAUCAAACACCUGCAUUUCCGAAACAAUCUAGAAGGCUGUUUGGGGGUUUAUCAAUGUCCUCAUUUCAACGGACCCCGCAAGGCAGAUCUGCUGGUAUACGAUUUGGAUGACGAUGACUUAUACGAUCUGGAUGAUGGCGAUUCAAAGGAUGACGAACUAGACUGUCUCGAUGGAGUAGAUUGGGGCACGCACUCUCGAGAUUUCGACCACCUCAGUUUUGCCAGCGGGAUUGUUGUCAAUGGACUCUCUCAUAGACAACUCCGAAGCUUCAGUUGCUUAAUCGAUGACGACAGCACAAUUACAUGGUGCCCCCACCCUUACAAUCAAGGAUCUACCAUCCAUCUGGAUAAUUUCAAAAACCUUAAAUCCUUUCGCUGGAGAGGCCCACGCCGCGAGGACAUCGAUACCCUAUCCAGCGCCAUUAAGAACAAUCGGACAAACCUGAUAAAGCUCGAGCUUGACUUCGUAGCUUGGGAUGACCGGCAUGGUGACUGGUUUCCAUCCACUGAGCAAUGGAAUGAAUGUCCAUUGUUGACGCAAAUUCUGGGUACGCCUCUGUAUCCUCCAUCACCUAUUUUCCUAAAGUUGCAGGAACUGUCUAUCUCUUACGCCCCGAUUGGACCCGCAUUUGCUUCUGCACUAGACAUCCGUUCACUGGUAUCGCUCAAGCUGCACUAUUGUAGUGGAUGGACCAAACUUGUGGAGAAUUUGACUGAGUCAAGUAUCACGCUGAAGCUAAAAACGUUCGAAAUUUGCGUCUACGAGUGCAACGACCGAUCCGAAGAGCAGAAGGCCAUUACGGACCUCUUGGGGUCUUUCGGCGGAUUAGAGAAGCUCCACAUAUUUCUUCGUCACCCAUGGCUUACAUCAUGGAUUCCCACCCGAGAUUUCUGGGCAAGCGUUCUGAAACACCGUGCUACCUUGAAGAGUUGCAUUCUCGAUCCGCUCUGGGGCGAUAGAACAGAACUAAUAAGGUCUGCCUUUGGAGAACAACAAGGUUCGGUUCGCCAGUAA